AUGAAACAGCUGUCACAUGUAAACUUCCGAGACCCUGAAGGGCCGGAUGGCAGCGGAUAUCUUCCCGUUGAGCCAGCUGUCGUUGACGAGCGUUCGUCGAUCCUCCAGCAAAGGUAUCAAGAGCUUCUUGAUUUGGCUGCACAACGCAAACGCCGUCUCGAAGACAAUCGUAGAUUGUGCCAGUUCUGGUGGGAUGUUGCUGACCUCGAGAACAACAUUAAAGAUCAAGAGCAAGUACUGAGCUCAACUGAUACUGGCAAAGAUAUUGUGACGGUGUCGCAUCUUCUCGCAAAACAUAAAAACGCUGAAAACAAUCUUGGUGAUAUCGAGCGUCAACUAGAAGCGUUACAAAAGGAUGGAGAUCAGUUGGUGUCUGAGAAUAUUCCUGGAUCGGAUAACAUUCCACCUCGCAUCCAAGAAAUUCGAGAUUACCUGAAGAAAUUGCGUGAUCUUGCUGCUGCUAGACGUGAGCGUCUUACCGGUGGUGUCGACUACUAUCAGGUACGUCAAAACCUGUUUGAUUUACUGUUUGGCAAAAUAAUAAAUUGAGA